AUGGUGACUCCGGAAUUUAAGCGCGUUGAACGCUACAUUUGGGGACUGGCCCCAGAAUUUCGUGGCAUGGUAACUUCAGCCAAACCCCAAACAAUCACCGAGGCUGUAACUCUGGCUGUCAGCCUUACUGAAGACUAUGUUUGCAUGAAGAAGCUAUCACUGGACCCCAUUGAAAAGACCGAGACGCAUGCUGAGUCGUCCGGUGACAAAAAUAGAAAGCAUUCGAAUCUGAAUCAAGCAACCCGCAGCAACAACAAGGGUUCAUACAACAAGAAGCGUGACACCAACCCCCCUAAGGAGGCAAAUACCACAUCCAAAGGAUACCAAGGCACCAUGCCUAAAUGCCAGAAAUGUAAGUAUCAUCAUGAUGGAGCUUGUCGCAUUCCAAGGUGCGACAAAUGUGGUAGAUUGGGUCAUCAAACGGAAGACUGUUGGGGUAAGGGAAAUAAUCGAAAUGGAAACGGUGCUGGUAAUAAGAACGGUGACGGGAAGGGGCGGAACCAAGGAUGCUUCCGUUGUGGAAGCAAUGAUCAUUUCAUGAAAGACUGCCCAAAGAAAGACAAUGCCCAGGCUUGA